UAGCGCGGGGAAUUUCGAGCGGCCGUAGAGCGCGGGAGGGCCGUGGGCGCGGACCCUCAGCGACCCGGAGAGCCACCAUGGAGCCCUUGGUCGAGCCUCGGUGGCCUCCGGGCCUGGAGUUCAUGAAGACAAUAGAUGAUUUGCUUCGCUGUGGAAUUUGCUUUGAAUAUUUCAACAUUGCCAUGAUAAUUCCUCAGUGUUCACACAACUAUUGUUCUCUCUGCAUAAGAAAAUUUCUGUCCUACAAAACUCAGUGUCCAACUUGUUGUGUGGCGGUCACGGAGCCAGACCUGAAAAAUAACCGCAUUUUAGACGAACUGGUAAAAAGCAUGAGUCUUGCCCGAAAUCGUCUGUUGCAGUUUUCGUUGGAGUCACCACCUCUAUCUCCUGCCUCUUCCUCUUGGAAGAAACUUCCUAUCAAAGUAUCUACUCCUGGGGUCUUCCGACAUCCUACAAACCAAGGAAGCAGACUAAUGGACAGUUUCUUGACCAGGGAAAUUGGAGAUUCCCCAUCAGAGUUGUCGAUGAAAGAAAAUGACAGACAGUUUAGCCUUCAAAAAGAGACAGGCUUUUCUCCUGAGACUGACAUGGCAGGUUUUGUAGAGAAGAUGGCACCUGGCUCCUCAGACGUUCAUGGUCCAGUGAUGCCCUCUACAUCUGCUCUGAAGCGAGAUACUAAAGUGGACUGUCCUGUUUGUGGGGUUAGCAUUUCAGAAAAUCACAUUAACAAGCACUUGGACACCUGUUUGUCGCGUGAAGAGAAGAAGGAAAGCCUCAGAAGUUCUGUUCAAAAAAGGAAGCCGCUGCCCAAAACUGUGUAUAACUUACUCUCUGAUCGUGACUUAAAGAAAAAGCUAAAGCAGCACGGAUUAUCUAUUCAAGGAAAUAAACAGCAGCUUAUUAAAAGGCACCAAGAAUUUGUACACAUGUACAAUGCCCAGUGUGAUGCUUUGCAUCCUAAAUCAGCUGCUGAAAUAGCCCAAGAACUUGAAAACAUGGAGAAGACUAGGAUGCGUCUCGAAGCAAGUAAACUCAACGAGAGUAUGAUGGUUUUUACAAAGGACCAAACAGAAAGGGAAAUAGAUGAAAUUCACAGUAAAUACCGUAAAAAACAUCAGAAUGAAUUUCAGCUUCUGGUGGAUCAGGCCAAGAAAGGAUACAAGAAAAGGAAUUGGACAUCAGAAAACAAAGUGAUGGGAAAAGGACAGGAAGAUGUUGCAAUGAAUUUCUCAGAUACCACCUUGGUAACAAACCAUUGUCUUCAGUCGAAACCAGGCUCCCCAGGGAGAUCUGAAGCCGAGGGAGCAGACGAUUCUUCUGGGUGCACUGAUAUUCAAGGAGCGACUCUUUUCUCAUCAGAGUCAGAUUCCUGUAAUAGUUCCAGCUCAGACAUCAUAAGAGAUCUCCUGGAAGAAGAGGAGGCGUGGGAAGCAUCAUAUAAAAAUGAUCUUCAAGACAGAGAAGUAAGUCCAAGACAGAAUCGCCGCACAAGAGCAGCAGAAAAUGCUGAGAUUGAGCCAAGAAACAAGCGUAAUAGGAAUUAGUGUGGGCCUUUGGCUGCUUUUUUAAUACAGUGAUAGCAUAUGGUAUUUUUGAUUACCAUAUAUAGGUUGCACAUUACCCAAGGAAACAUGUUUAAGUCUAAAUGUAAUAAUUAAUUCAGUGUCCCCGUCUUCCCUGCCUUUCCAGAAGCAGAAACAUAUUACAAAACACUUCCCUUGGUCAAUUGCCCCCUGCAUCUAAAUAUUUCUCCCUGGAAACAUGAGCAAUCAAGUGUUCACCAGCCUUCCAGGGUGGGUACGCUGCUUGGCAAAGAUAUUUGGCUUGAUAUCUAAAUUUCAGAAUGCCCUUACAUGGUUUUCCUUUUCUUCUAUAGAGAAGCCAGCUUCACAAAUCCUCUUUACCUUAACUGGCAGUUGACUUAAGAGUGACUGUGUGUGUUGUAGCUUGCACUCUUAGAGUGAGUAGUACCAAUGUAGGCAACCAGCAUGUCCAGCAGAGCAGUGACUAGAUGGUUGUUGCCCAAAAGUUUAGUGCAGUUGUUUGUUAAGCCCGUGUUUUACAUAUUACUGAAAGUAGGAUUGUAAUAUAAAGUCACAGUAAUAUAAUUGUUGAAAGUCAUAUAGUUAUUAGUGUUGUAAUUUAAAGUCACAGUAACUGGAACAUUAGGCAUAUUCUUCCGAAGUGGCACUUAAAAUGAUUGCUGUUAGUACUUUUUCACUUGGGUCAGUCGUAUCACUAACACUUUGAAUCCGAGCUGUUAAACAAGUAUGCAAUAAAUGGAUUUCAUAAAUGAGUAGACUUUUAAAAACAA